AGGGUGAGCAUAUAUCUCCACAUACCGGUCUCCACAUCAGGUAAGAUCCCUGACACUGUCUUUGCAAACCCUCCCCUUCUAACACCCCUGGCAGUUGUUAUGGGCAAUUGGUGCCUCUUAAGUUUACCAAGAUGUAACAGGACUUAUCUGUUUGACUGAAAGCCAGGGGUGUGUAACAAGAUUAAUUUAUAAAAUUGCCAAUUUCUAUUAAAACUAAAGUACUUUAGGUGUCUGGAUCAUCCCUUUAGAUCACUUUUGUUUCUGUUUAUGCAUUCUGCAUGAAAAAAAGAUUGUUUCAUUUUCAAUCAGAUGUUAACUUUCUUUAGAGGUUUUUUUAUCUCAUUGUCUUUAAACUGAACUUUAAUAGCACACGGGAGUCUCCUGCAGGGUUUUGAGGCUAUUGAAAGAGCAGGAGGUAGGAAAUUCUAAAUUACAACAUGUGCAAUCAAGGAAGUUUAAACAUUAUAUCUCUCCUUACAGGAAGUGUUUGGGAAGGCUGUGCAAGUCACUUACAGGGAGGUGUGGCUAGGGUUAUAUAAACAAGGUGAUUUAACUCCGAAAUGGCAGAUAAUUGAGUGGUGAGACAGCAGAGGCAUGGUCUUUACACAAAACUGCUUUGGUAUGCUAAAGUUGUAUGUUGACUAUAGUCCCUUUAAGGAACCCAACCUCCAAAAGUAUAGAAACAUAAAGAGUAGCUAAUGUAGCUAAUCUUUUGUUAAUUUAUUCCUGCGUAUGGUAAUGUGUAUUUGUGUGGGGCAGUGUUUGUUUGGGUAUCUAUAUCUAGCAGUGUAUAUACCUGUGUGUAAAUCUUUGUGUGUAUCUGUGAAUGCAUGCCAAUGUUUAUUUGGGGAAUGCAGAUGUGUGAGUGUGUGUAUUUAGGAGCAUGUCCAAAUGUGUGUAUGUCUGAAAACGUGUGUGCAUCUGUAUUUAUGUCUCGGAAUGUGUGCCAGUGGGGCCUGCAAAAUGGUUUUGAUAUUGUCCCUGCACAUUCUGGUGGCAGCCCUGCUUAUGAGCUUUACGGUUCUACUAGUUCCACAGUUUGGGCAUAUUUUUUUUCCAUAGAAAAAUUCUGUUUGUUUUUAGGCACAGUUACAGCAAGAAAUUAUAUAAUGUCUUUGAGGUAUUACAACACAACAUCAUUAAGGAACAUGUAUUACAUUUUGGAAAAUUAGGUAAGUACAUACCCAUUUCAGCACCAGGCUAAUUCUGACUGAAACUAAAAUCAUUUGUAUCUAAGCAAAGGCUGACUGAAUAUUUGUUGUGCAUGGCAAUACUUGCUAUUACACUAGUUGAAAGUGCUGACUUUAUGGUGGCAGCUUCUGCCCAGAAGUCUUAUAUCCAUUAAACUUGGCAGGUUGUAUGCCCAGUGCUGUCCUGAGAUUAACACUUAGACUAAAAUAAAUUAUAAAGGGGCAUGGCCAAGCCGCCGACUGUGAUGACCGCGUGAACCUGAGCUCCACCAAGCCCUAGGCUGCUAAUCGUUGAAAAGCUGCCACAGACCCCACGAUGGGGAAAAAUAACAAAGCUGCAGGUAACCUCAAACAUCUGGGGACCUGCCAAGCCUUGAUGUCCACCUCGAUGAGACAGUACCUGACCACUCCAACCGACCUUGCCUCCCAAGAGGCAUCUGAUGCCUACACACUCUCUGGGCCCUCUAUGCCUCACUCCUCUUUGCCGGGCCGUGAGGAACCCCCUCACUUACCACUGCCAGACUGGCUGAGCCUCCUAAUUGCACUCCCCACCUGAGAGGAUCUGAGGAAGAUGACUGUCUCACUUCGCCCUUAAAGCAUUUUGAGAAUAUAUUGCAAGCGGCCCGGAACUCACAAGGUGAUCCACAUGAAGGCAUGAAGGCCACCGCCUGCAGCUUUCCCCUGAUCUGUGCCCCGCAAAGCUGGGAUUCAGAUGGGCCACCAAGCCCCUAACCCGCAUAUUAGUAUCACAAAAAAUUCAGUACCGCUGGAUUUUCCCAACGGGUCUAGCAAUUUCUACUCUAGAAGCCAGUACGCCACCAGCGGGACCUAAUAACUAUCUCAGACCUCCUCCAGCUGCCACCUAUCAACAAGCGCUGGCCUGACCCACUGGACUGUUACAGCCCAGCAACCGAGACCACAGAGCAGCCGCUACAACAACAGUGGAAUAGGUCCAGGAUGGAAUGCACACGGCCCUCAGGGGCUCAACACUAGCCUACACGUGCCACCCAAAGAACCAGAGACACUCUGAUACCGGUUCCAGCCAACCUGCCUGCCACAGACAAUACCCUGCUACAUGACUAUCACCCGGAAGUGCUACAGAGCACAGCAGACUUUGCCAUUGCACCCGUGAGCCUUCUUGAUGAACAGAGCUCGCAAACUGACAGAACACAGGGACCCCGCACAGCACCAUGAGACUAUGAACGCAUAUUGUGGUACCACACCUAAAUGCUACAGAGGGGUUUAUUAUUAUUGUUUAUACCUUAGACACCAUCACCUUCAUAUGAUGCUAUAAGGGGAGAAAGGGUGGGGGGGAAUACUAUAGACGGGGGGACAGUGGGUGUAACCAUCCCCACUGCCUCCCUGCGAUGGGGGCCCCGACCGUCUCUGCCGACAAUCUCUGCCUGGUCACUGGCAGGGGGGCCUGGGUCCCACCUCGCGGAGGCGGCAUCUGUGGGCGCCAUAGAGGAAGAGCGGGUAUUCCAGACCCCAUGAGGAUGUUAGCUGCGAGAGGCCGGAUGGGGGGGAUGGCGAAUAAAGGACGCACAGGCUGCUGGUAAAAGACGGCCAGAGCGGGAGGGAAGCAUGAGGGCGGGAGAGGCCCUCCCAGUACUUGGGGUCAGAGACACCUAAACACUUAGACACCAAACUCAACAGGGAUCAGGGAAGGUAUUCUAGUUCGGUCCUCCCCAGUCUAACUAAUGAGGAAUCAACACUGUUACAAUGCAAUGUGUACAAUAGGCUUCUGCGGCUCAAGGCUUUUGGGGCAGCCAGGGCCGGUGGGUUCUGUGGAGUCCCCUUGUGCCAUUGUGCAAAAGUGAAUGCCAACACGGGAGGGCUCUGCGACUCAGCGACUGGCCCGCUCUAAGGACGUUGAACCCUGUGUACGGGGAUCACUGUAAUUUUUAUAUAGUUUGGAUAUUGUUAUUGUUGAAAGCACUCGGCCGGGCUCCCCACUUGGUAGAGGCACCACCCCGAAGGAGGGAGACCCAGAUGGUUGACUGGUUUGGUUCCUGGGCCCCACCCUCCUGACGCCUUUGCCCUAGUUUCGAGGAGGUAACUUUUGUGCUUAAUUUACUGAAGCGGGACACCCUGCUUCCUGGGCACGGAAGGGGGGGGAGUUACAUAACCGACCCCAAACUCGGUGAACCACUCGGUGAACCACACAGUCCCCCACCCUUGAACCCCCUCUUUCUCUUUUCUCUCUCCUCCAUUUCCACUCCCACACAAUGGCAAGGGCUUACAGACAAGCCGAGAUCAAUUUAAUGUCCAUAAACGCAAAAGGCAUGAAUAAACUACAGAAACGAUCACACGCCCUACGGCAAUUUCACAGCCAGCGGGCACAUGUAGUUUUUAUACAAGAGACGCACUUCAGAGCAGACCAGGUUCCUAGAUUGACAGACCACCACUUCACACAAUGCUUCCUUAGCAACAACCCGUAAGGGAAAUCGAAGGAGGUAGCCAUUCUGAUACAUAGGUCCCUAUAGUUUGAACCCGUCGAUAUUCUCAGGGAUGACAUAGAAAGAUACAUAUGCGUGAAAGGUAGAAUAGGAGACGAAUCUGAUGAAUCUCUACAUGCCGAACAGGAACCAAAGUCGGUUCCUGAAAUCAGCCAUGAAGACCAUCGGGGGCUUUGCCAAAGGCUGUCUUAUCUUGGGUGGCGACCUGAAUGUUGCGAUCAACCCCUCCCUAGACACCUCAUCACGCGCAUUCCUUGACACCACACCAUGUCCUUAACUCAAUUAACACUUGCCUGAAGGAACACCGACUGGUAGAUUGCUGAAGAGCCUAAUACCUAGACAACCGAAAUUACACAUUUUUCUCAAUACCCAAUCAGACAUACUCCAGACUUGACUCCUUUUUCCUACUCACUACUUUCUCACUGACCUGAGGAAAAUUCGCAUUGGGACGGCAACUUGGUCGGACCACGCCCCACUACUAAUGACACAUUCCGCCCCCUCCACAGACCAACCUGUGGACAGUGGCGUCUCAAUGAGUCCUUCUUGUUGGACCCAUUGGUGACAAAAAACUUCCACCAACACCUCUCCCACUACUUUCAGGAAAAUGAGACUGGACCAAACUGACGUCCAUGAGACGGGCGCUAUCUACCCUCUUAAAUGCCUACUAUCAGAGGAAAUACCUCCAAACUAAGACAUACUUUCACACCAACGCAAAUUAAUGUGGAGCAUUAUUGGCCCGCAUGAUUACCAAAUGGAGGGCGAUCACAUAUAUCGUCAAGAUAAGGUGUUUCACAAACGCACCCUACUUCAAGAUUGUACAUGACGUAGUUGUGGUGGUGAAAGGGUUAAAGUUCACUAUUUGUCUGCACUAGACCGGAAAUAAUGAUAAAAUCCCACUUAACACCACCCACACUUAAGCAUAAUAAUAUAAAUAUUACUAUCUUAAUGCUGCCACCACCAAGUCAAUUUAUAAAUGGUCCCCCAGGUAAAUCAAUAAUAAAAACCCACCAAAUACAACUUAGCACAAUAUUUAAGGAAUUACAAAAAUACUAAUUAGUCUCUUCAGUUAACCUGAUUCUUUACCAGACAAAGGCAGAACUUAAUAAAGGAAUAUUUAUUUGAAGCAAAAAAUAGUCACAGUGCAUCCAAAAAUAUAGAUGACAAUCAAAAUUAUUUACACCAACAAAGGAUAAAAACAAAAGAGAUGAAAUAACAAGUCCUAAUUACUUACUCAAGUUGUCAAAGUAACACUUCUGCCCCAGGGGGUCUCUGGUAAGAAAGAUGGUGACCCACUUAGAAUUAGAUUCUGGCCCCUCAAGCAAGUACAAUGCACCCUUCAGUAUCAAUAGAGAAAUACCCUGUGGAUUACCACGCCUGACCCAGAGGUGGAGUUUAGGUGUAUCUAUAGAGACACCAAGUGACCACCCCCUUGUGUCCAGACCUACAUCAAUCCAAAUGGAAACUCUUAUGUACCUGCCACAGAAAUAAUAAUUGCAUCUACAAAUUAGUUAUUAUUUUCCCAUUCCAUAGAUAUGUCACACUUCUUACUUGUGACCCAAUAUAGCAGACAUCAAAAUCCCUUCCACUAUGGGUAAGUUGUGCCAGUCAUGGUAGGGCUUGUUUAGAAGAUGGCGCUUGUCACAUUCUAAAUAUAACAAAACUGAGGCUUAAUUAUUAUUCUGUGAGUAAAUAUUAAUGUUUUUCUUCUUUUGGAUAUGAUACUGCAACAUAGCUAAUGGCCAUUAACAUAUCAAAUGACCCCCUAUCUAAGAGGGAACCUAGACAUAUGGCACAUUAGAGAGUUAGUUUAUAUGUAAACCAGACUUCCAAGCCACUUAUGUGUGACUUCUCAAACCUUACAGAGUUUUUGUUUAAUCAAAGGGCCAAUGCAUAUGGUAAACUAUCUGCUUCCUUUCACAUUCCUAUGCAAUUCACACUACCCCUUCUGUCAUCUGAUAUUUACCAAGUGGUCAAUCAUAUAUGCACUACACAAAUUACAUUAAUAUUCUAUUGUGCAACAAUGAAUUAUGCACCCUUGGCGUGACAAGGCGGGCAGACAACAGGCUGACAUACCUACCACCCGAUAUAGCUAAGACACUGCGAUCCUACUACACACAGGUAUACUCUCUCCCAAACCAACAACCAGCACAGUAGCCCGCAAGACACUAGGGAGGCAACCCAGGAGCUCAAAGAGCCCCUCAGUCUACAGGAAUUAGCGUGGGCCCUUAAAACAACGAAACUAGGCAAGAGCCCAGGCCCAGACGGGCUCCCCACAUGCUACUACAACAAUUUGUGCAAACCUACUCUUUCCCUGGCUCCUCAAAGCCUAUAAUUACAUUAGGGAUAGCCAUGGGAUACCCACAGAAGCACUAGCCGCCAAUAUAACACUGAUCCCUAAAGAGGGCAGGGACACUGAGCAGUGUGCAAACUACAGGUCCAUAUCCCUACUGAAUUGUGAUCUCAAAUUGUUUACCAAAUCUUGUCCACAUGCCUACAAUGGUUCCUCCCUGACUUGGUCCACCAGUACCAGGCGGGGUUUGUUCCUAAACAAGAGGCACUGGAUAACAUGAUCUGAGUGAUGUCCUUAAUCCAUUAUGCGCAUCAGAGGGCUCUCCACUGACGCGGAGAAGGCUUUCGACAGAGUAAACUGAGAUUACCUGUUCACGGUCCUGGGAUUACCUGUUCAAGGGACCGUUCAUGCAAGGCUGGUUAAAGGCCUUAUACACGACCCCCAUAGCCCAGAUCUGUUGAAUGGGGCAUUCACAGAACCUUGAGCCUUUCAUAAUAAUUUUCUUUCCUGCAUUCUUUGAAAUAAUCAGAUUUUCAUCCAAAUAACACUGAUUAAACAUAUUUUUUAAUAAAUACAUACACAUCCAGCAAUGAUUGCUUGUUGGAAAAUGUAUGCAAACCUUAAGACAAAUGAGUACAAUCAGAAAUUUUAAGUAACUACUGGUCAGUCUAGCAAACAGGAACAAAGUAUUUUGGCCUGUUCAUCUUUACAAAUUCAUUUUACAGUGUUGACACUGUGUAUUGCCAAAAUGAUGUAGCCAUUAUUAAACAUUUAUUUGUUCCUUAAGUUUAAUAGUCUAGUCCAGGGGUUGGCAAACUUCAGCAUGCCAAACAUUGUGGACUUCAUAUCUUCUGAUGCUUUGCCAGAAUUAUAGCUCUAAGUGCAUUAGGGGAGAUGAAGUUCACAACAUGUGGAGUGCCAAAGGUUGUCUACCUUUGGUCUAGUUCCUCAAAUGAAAAUGCAAUUUCUUUCCAGCUCUAGGCAGUCUUAGUUAGACAGCCAGUCCUACACUUAUGAGAUGAUCCUGAUGGAUGAACUCUUUUCAGUCAAGAAUCUGUUCUGUCCAAACAUGUAGAUUUUGAAUUAUUGAAAGUCUUUAUAUGAACAUGCCUCUGUCUAAUUGACAGCCUGCAGAGGCAUUCUGACUGGCAAAUGUAAACAGUGCUCACAUUUGCCCAACUUGAGGGAAAUGGGUCUUUGCGCCAGUACCAUUAUAUUUAGAUUUAAUAUGUUUUCGGUACCCUUCUACAACAGCCUUUAUUAUUGUGCUGAAUUGAUUCCAUUUAGAAAGGUGUGUUAUUAGGAAACCUGUUGGGUGAUUGGACCUCCAAUCAUGCCAAAUGUGUGGUUGAUAUUGGGACUUCUGAAUUCUUCUUGAUAGAUUAGUUUUAUAUGGAUCUCACUUUGUGCAUACUUAAACUGACUAAACAUUUUUUUUACAAAAUUCUAUCUGUUAUGCGUCUAUCAACCUGUCUUUCUAUUUGUCUGUCUGGCUGUCCAUCCAUCUCUCUGUCUUGGAUUUCUUUCUCCUACAACAAAGGUGCAAUUUCAAAAAGCAAUAAAUACAAAACUGCAAUUAUGCCCCCCAAAAAUAAUAACAAAGCAGUCACUGGAGAAGAACCCCUACAAAUCCAGCAAUACUGAAGGAGUCAAUUGCCAUUUCAGCCACUGGGGUCCUAGUUUACACAGUUUCUAAACUUGCCACCAAUCUGAAGUCAACCCUGCUUACUACAGGGUGCUAGUACCCAAUAAAUCUACCCCCUGAGCCUACUAGGACACCCAUUUCACAUACACUAAAGUGAUUAAAUAACAGAACACUUUAAAUUCACCCACUUUGCCCUCUAAGCUGUAUGCUUAAAUUAUUUAUACAUUCUAUAAGCGGACUUUAACUUCAGCAAAUAUUUUUCCCAAAUUAUAUAACAAACAGCCCUUUACAAAGGCCAUUUAUAACAAAAUCCUUAAAUCACCUUUAACUAUAUUGGAAACCAAUUUCCCUGUAAAACACCAACUGUCUGUCUGAUGCACUAGAAUUAUUUGGCACCUGUUCAACUGACUGAUGUCCUCUUUCUGUUUAAAGUCACGUAAUCAUAUAUAAACAAAGGUGAUCUCUAACAUACACACUGACAACUUUUUUUUUUUUACAUUUGUCCAAAGUGUUUAAACGCUAAGGGGUAUUGGACACAAGGAAGUAAAUUUUUACCCCAAGUAAUCCUAUAGCCCUAAAUACUUAUGAAAAACUUUGUCCAAUUCACACACUAUAGUAAAGUUGAAUAUAUAACAUCUAAUUUACUAGUUCCAAAGACGUAGCUCAAGAAAACGAGAAAAAGUAAUGUCCAUAUCUUUAUAGUCUUAUCUUAUUCAAUUUGGUAAUGCUUGCCACAAAAAUAAACAAUAUAAGAGAGUGCAAAAGAACAAAUAAAAAGAAAAUUCUUAUAUUCAAUAAUAUAAGAUUAAUAAUAUAAUAUGCAAUAAUAUAAGAUGACUAUAUAGAAAGCUGCUAGAUACAAAAAAAAACAUUCCAAGUUUCAAAUAUAAAACACAGUAUUAGCGCUUAGCAGAUAUUCCCUUGUAUAACAGAAUGGGGAAAAACAAGAAAAUAAGUCCAAAAAAUUAGAGUGGCAAAGUGCAUAUAGUAUUAAAAAAGGAUAUUCCCGAAUAAUGGGGAAUACAGUAGUAGCUGUACAGUGUUCUGUAUACUUUGCGAUUGAAAUGAAUCAUAUCCCGGUGUGACAAUGUAUCCACCUUAAAUUAAAAAGAACACAAAUAUAGUGGAACACUGUAAAUGUUUUAUUAUCCCCUGAAAAACCCAUUGUGGAACUCUUACAAUAUUAAAUAGUGGAACUUAUCUCUAAGAACCACAAUAAAGCAUUGCUGCAGAAACAGUGCUCAAGUCUGAGGAAGUUACCACUCCGUCGGUGAGAUACUGCAAGCCGGUAAUAUGCACCUGAGCCGGUGCAGACCUCUAUCACCCGGAAAGAUGCCGACCGUGAGUACUGGUCCACAUGCUUUCAGUUUAGAACUGCCGCCAAUCUCAGUCUACAGGUCUCACCUGUUAGACUGGGCUUUCUCAAGACUUCUCAAUGUCACAAAAUGGUUGAUUUAACAAAUAACUCGCAAGAGAUGUAGCAAGAAAUAUUUAAAAUGUAAAUUACAUGAACAGAGAUCAACUAAGAUCAGGUUGGCAUAGCUUAGAGUUCUAAUGCCUAUCACAAUUGCCUUUUGAACUGUAACUUCUCUAGGUUUUCUCAUCUUGGUAAACAGUAUUGCAAAAUCUAUAAAGAUUGAAUAAAGACAUGGAGGUAAAUAAAAUGCACUUAUCUUUGCUGCAUUGUCACUUUGUUUGAAUUUGCCUCCACAUGAUGCCUUGGGGCAUGUUUAUGGGCACCUGGGCAUCUACUCAGAAAUGCCAAGUUCAGCCAUACUUGCAAGCAGUGCCACAUACACAUAACCCAGUGUUUUCAUAUCAACAAACAUUGUCGUCUUUUUUUCUGUUAAUAAGGAUUAUAAUUUGUGAAUUUAAUAUUCAUAUUUUAACUGUUAAACAAUAAAUCCAUUAAUCUGUGCAUAUUAGACUCAGUCGCUAAUUGUUUUUAUGACUUACUAAUCUCUGUGGUGAAGGUUUACCUUAUCCAGAAAUUUUAUAAUGGAGGGCAAAGUAACCCAUUAAAGUGAGGUUUUUUUGUUUGUUUUUCUUUUAAGUUUCAGUUCUUGUGGCUCAUACAUUCAUGUUUCCUCGAAGAGUAUUAUUCAGGCAACAUAUAUUGACCUUUUUAAAUUUAACUUUACUGUAUAUGUUGUAGGGAUGUGAAUGAGCAAAAAAUUUGUUCGGAAAUUCGGGUAAGUAAAAAAUUUUGUCUGCGUCAACAAUUCGGACCAAUGGCAUUUGGUUCGGCACUUCGGAACUGCCGAAUGGCAAUUGGCAUUGCGGCACGCAGCAUUCAGGCAUUCAUUUCGGGAAUUCAGCAAUUCGGCAUGUCAUUCUUUUCAGGCAUUCGGCAGUUCGGAAUGUUGUUCAUUUUGAAAAAUAAACAGUUGUGUGUUUUUUUCUUAAACAGCAAUGUUUUACAUUGCAUAGUGGAAAACAGCAGCACCCAGACCACUUAAUUUUAGAGAGACACCCUGGCAAUCAGUCUACCUGGCAACAGCUAAAAAACACAAAAUUAAUCACUGCAGCAAAGUCACAGUGCAGCAGAGAGACACCCUGGCAAUCAGACUACCUGGCUUGCACAUCCACACAUUCUCUCACCACCCCCUGCGCUUAAAAAAGGGCAAAACUCUCUCUCUCUCUCCCUGGAACACACACUUAAAAGCAAUGUGGCUCCCCAAGUUUGCAACAAGUAAAGUUCAAUAAAGGUAAUGUAAUUUAUCUCUCUCAGUCUCUUGUGCUAUCACAACUAGUCUGGUCACAUGAAUGCAAGCCCUGACAGCCUAAUUUAUAUACUACUCCACCUCAAUGACUCUGUGUGCCUUCAUUGGCCAAGUGUCAGUGACAAAAUCAACAUUAAUUGGCUGUCCUAACAUCAAUCACAAAAAUUUGCUAAUUUCAUUGGACAUCGGAGCUUCAGCACUUCCGAACUACCGAACUUCGUAACUUCAGAACCGCGGCACUUUGCCCAUUUGUAAGCAUUCGAAUGUCCAAAUGGCAUGAAAUUGGAAAGCUGUGUAUGAUACAAAUUGAUUUCAGUUAAAAUGUUUCCUUGAUUCCUCUAAGUUAUUCAGUGUCAGGAUUACUAAUUGAUCCAGCACGCAGAAUUGUGUCACACGUAGGACUAAGGAUAAUGUGUAACCGGAACUUAGAAUGGCCAGAACUAACGUAUCCAAGAAUAGUCAGACUACUAGGCGAGGUCAGGGAUACAGAAACAGACACAAUGACGAGAAAAAGCCAAAAGUCAAGGAUGCCAGAAAUCAAGGAAGUCAGAACAAAGCCAAAGUUAAAUACCAAAAUAUCAAGUUCAGGAACGCACUCUCGGAUUACCAUCAGGCAGAAACCACGACAGGGCAAUGAGAGAAUGUUAAAAUAAGUUUAAAUAACCCUUCUGUUAUUCCGAUUGGCAGUAAUCGGCCUUUGGCCCUAAAAUGUGCGUGCGGCCAUAGGUGGUCAUGAGGCUACAAAGUGGCAUAGAUCCGCAGCGGCCGGCGUCCUUAGACAUGCUAGUUUUAUCAGGUAUCCGGGUGCACGGCUGUAGAUGGGCACAACUAUUCCUCUUAGGACGGUAAAUACCAUCAAACACAUUACUACAAGUGGAUGAAUUUAUUAUAUACAGUGAGUGAAAAAAAGUAUUUGAUCCCCUGCUGAUUUUGAACAUUUGUCCACUGACAAAGAAAUUAUCAGUCUAUAAUUUUAAUGGUAGGUGUAUUUUAACAGUGAGAGAAUAACAAAACAAAAAAAGAGAAAAAAAUGUCAAAAAGUUAUACAUUUGUCCCACUUCUCUUUGCAGAUCCUCUCCAAGUCAUUAAGGUUUCGAGGCUGACAUUUGGCAACUUGAACCUUCAGCUCCCUCCACAGAUUUUCUAUGGAAUUAAGGUCUGGAGACUGGCUAGGCCACUCCAGGAACUUAACGUGCUUCUUCUUGAGCCACUCCUUUGUUGGCUUGCCUUUGUGUUUUGGGUCAUUGUCAUGGUGGAAUACCCAUCCACAACCCAUUAUCAAUGCCCUGGCUGAGGGAAGGAGGUUCUCAAGAUUUGACGGUACAUGGCCCUGUUCAUCGUCCCUUUGAUGCGGUGCACUUGUCCUGUCCCCUUAGCAGAAAAACACAGACAAAGCAUAAUGUUUCCACCUCCAUGUUUGAUGGUGGGGAUGGUGUUCUUGGGGUCACAAGCAGCAUUCCUCCUCCUCCAAACCUGACCACAACACUUUCACCCAGUUCUCCUCUGAAUCAUUAAGAUGUUCAUUGGCAAACUUCAGACAGGCCUGUACAUGUGCUUUCUUGAGGAGGGGGACCUUGCGGGUGCUGCAGGAUUUCAGUCCUUCACGGCAUAGUGUGUUACCAAUUGUGUUACCAGUUGUUUUCUUGGUGACUAUGGUCCCAGCUGCCUUGAGAUCAUUACCAAGAUCCUUCUUGGGCUGAUUCCUCACCAUUCUCAUGAUCACUGGAUCUUGCAUUGAGCAGCAGACUGAGGGAGACUGACAGUUAUUUUGUGUUUCUUCCAUUUGCAAAUAAUCGCACCAACUGUUGUCACCUUCUCACCAAGCUGCUUGGCGAUGGUCUUGUAGCCCAUUCCAGUCUUAUGUAGGUCUACAAUCUUGCCCCUGACAUCCUUGGACAGCUCUUUGGUCUUGGCCAUGGUGGAGAGUUUGGAAUCUGAUUGAUUGAUUUUUUUCUGUGGACAGGUGUCUUUUAUACAGGUAGUGAGCUGAGAUUAGGAGCACUCCCUUCAAGAGAGUCCUCCUAAUCUCUGCUAGUUACCUGUAUAAAAGACACCUGGGAGACAGAAUUCUGGAUUUUUUUUUCUUAUUCUGUCUCUCACUGUUAAAAUACAUCUACCAUUAAAAUUAUAGACUGAUAAUUUCUUUGUCAGUGGGAAAAUGUUUCAAAUCAGCAGGGGAUCAAAUACUUUUCCCCUCACUGUAUAUGUAAAUGUAAACUGCGUAUGUGGAAGUACUGAAGGGUUAACUAGCUAUCCUAUUGAACUUUCAGAGGCCAAUGUUUACAUUUGCUUUUCCCUAUCAGUUGACUUUUAUUUAUUUUUGUUUUAUUUGGUGAAAAAAACACACCACUAAGGGAAUAGAAAACUUUGCCCUUUGGAUUGUGUGUGUGUGUGGUUUUUUUUUUAAACCACUUUCAAGUAAGGGUAAUUAGAACCAGUGAGACCCAUGUAAGCAGCCAGAAGCUCUAACUCCCCAGUAAAAACUAGGUAUUAUCUACAUCACUGCAGGCUUGCUAGAGCUGGUUCCUAUUUUUCAAUGUUACGUCAAUAGAACCUGCUCUUGAAGUUGGAAAUUAUAUAGAUAGAUUUUUUUUUUUUUGAUGGCCAGUGAUAUAUAUUAGAAAUAUGAAAACUAUUUUUAGACUCUAUGUGAAAUAAAUUAAUCUCUCAACUUCACCUUUUUUUAUCAUUUAAGAGGAAAGUAAUUAGGUAAGUUGCUUCCAUGUUCACCUCUGGCAUAUAGAAAAAGUUAUCUUCGCUGGUAGAAUUAUUUGGAAGCUACUGAAUGCGUUUUCCAUCUUUUUUUCCUGCAGUUUACGCCAUGACAAUCCAGCUAUUUCUUGCUCUGCUGCUGGUUACCAUGCAGGCACUCCUGACAGAGUCGUUCUGUUCGGCCUGCAGCAUGUCCAGCCAGCCAUUGGAUGGGCUAACUACCAAAGAUAUCCUCAUAGAAGUGGCCAAACAGAACAUUCUGAACAAGCUUCACCUGAGGCAACGGCCAAACAUCUCAUACACAGUCUCCAGGCAGACUUUGGAAGAAGCAUUGCAGAGGCUGAACUUGAGACCUGAUUCUGGAGCAGAGUUUUCAAAAGACAAUGAAGAAGAUAGUGAUGACUUGGACACUAAUCAAGAUUAUGAAAUUAUCAGUUUUGCUGACAUAGGUAUGUGAUUGCUAUAUAUAAAACACUAAAGUGAGAUUUCAAAGUGAAUUCUUAGUGAAUAUCAAAUUUAAAAGGUUAAAAUAGCCAUGCUGGAAAAAAAUUAUAUAUCACAGCUAUGCUUCAAGUUCGCUACUUGGGUCUUAAAUUUGAAAUUCACUUUAAAUUCUCACUUUAGUGAAUAACCCUGUAAGUUUGCAAACACGUGCACUGCCACUUCAUUGCUGUCCCUUAUUAUAAUGAUGACAGUUUUUAUGUUGUAAUUUAGCAGUGUAGUAGUAGAACAGCAGGAGUCAGACUAAGGCACACAUAUAAAGCAAAGCAAUUAAGUAUCAUUAGUCAGGUGUUUCCUUAACCCCUUAAGGACCAAACUUCUGGAAUAAAAGGGAAUCAUGACAUGUCACACAUGUCAUGUGUCCUUGGGUUAAACAGGAACAGACUGAUUUAAUAAAACAAGAAAAAAACAACUUUGUAACAUCUGAAAGUCAAAAUGGUUGCAUAGCGAGAGAAAGAGUAAGUGAAGAAAGACAAUGAGAUAACAUACUUCCUCUUCAGCACCAUAGAGACUAUAGAGAAUUGAUGAUCAAAUGUUACCAGCAACAGUAAGUCCUCCAACACAAUCAGGUUAGGCACUAGCUAUUAUUACUAACAUUCUAUAGCUUAGAAUAACAACAGAAGGUUUCAUAACCUGUAGAUCUGCCUAUAAAGCAUACUAACUAUGAAGUCUAUAGAAUCUCUUGCUGGAAUCUCUAUAUGUAACAUAAUUGUCUUAAUCUAUUUCUCGGAUUUUUAGAAAACGCAUCAGCACACAUGUUACUGUAAAUUAAGAAUUAUUCCAGCAAACAUGCCCAAGUAUAAGUAAGCUCUACAAUGAGAAUGCUCUAUUAUGUACAUUAGAUGUGGUACUGGUCUCAUAUUAACUAUCUAGUACCAUGUCUAUGUGUGACCUAUACUGUCAUAUGGUGGAAUGCUAGCUAAUGGAGGGAAUACAGACAUCAUAGAUGUGACAUGUCUUGAAAUCCCAAGGAUUCUGUGAUCUCCAGAGCAAUUGUAAUUCCUAAAUUCCAACCUCUAAACUGGGGUGGUGAAAACUAUAUCCCCAGAUGCUGUAGAGCCAAACCUCCCAUAAUGGUUGACUGCAAAAAUGAAAAGUCAUUUCAAUGUCAAUAUUUGAAAUGACUGCCCAUAUUUCUCAAUCAGUGAUUUUAAAUGCCUGUAUGCAGAUUAUAUGUUGUAGGAGUCGGUUAUGUAAGUACUGUUCAUUCUUGAACAAGCUGCAGGUAUAUACUGAUAGUAACUGUGCAGAUAAGAACCAGUCUGGUGUUUCUGUAAUAUUAACUAUUCUAUGAUGAAUGAGAUGGUGAAGCUAUGCGACUUAUUGAAUAUAUAUGGAAUGCAAAGUGUAAUAACACAUUUUAGAGAUUUUGAGGGAUGCUGUUUGUUACUAAUAAUAAUAAUUAUUAUUUUUAUAAACACUAUAUCAAUGCAGUUGAGAUAGCUCAGCGGUUAAGGCUCCAGCUGCAGUAUGUAAGUUACAGGUUUGAUUCCCGACAGUGACAAUUAAGAGUUUAUUUCCAAUGUUAUCGCUACUUUUAACUGGUCGCUUAAAAGGACACUCCACGCACCGAAACAACUUCAUCUAAAUGAUGCCCCCGGGGGGAGUGGACGUUGCUGCUGGAGGGAACUUUGGGGAUAAACUGUUCAAGAACGGCCUAACCCCAACAGGCUAGAGUUCACUCACCACUAGGAUCACCAGGGAUGGAUGGCAGCCCCAGCAGCAGGAUCCCCCCCCUCCCAGGCUAAAGGUAAGCAGGGAGGGGGAAAAUAAUCACUCAGGGCACAGCAGCCUCACUUACUCACAGAUACCCUGCACCCCUAACACUCACAGCACCCUCAUUCACAGCACCCUCACACACACACAAUGCACCCCUACACACUCACAGCACCCUCACACACACACACUGCACCCCUAACACUCACAGCACCCUCACACACACACACUGCACCCCUGACACUCACAGCACCCUCACACACACACUGCACCCUGACACUCACAGCAGCACACACACUGCACCCCUGACACUCACAGCACCCCACACACACACUGCACCCCUGACACUCACAGCACCCUCACACACACACACUGCACCCCUGACACUCACAGCACACACAAAAUGCACCCCUGCAAACACUCACAGCACCCUCACACACACACACUGCACCCCUGACAGUCACAGCACACACACACACUGCAACCCUGACACUCACAGCACCCUCACACACACACUGCACGUCUGACACUCACAGCACACACAAAAUGCACCCCUAACACUCACAGCACCCUCACACACACACUGCACCCCUGACACUCACAGCACCCUCACACACACACUGCACCUCUGACACUCACAGCACAUACACUGCACCCCUGACACUCACAGCACCCUCACACACACACUGCACCCCUGACACGCACAGCACACACACACACACACUGCACCCCUGACAUUCACAGCACCCUCACUCACACACACUGCACCCCUGACACUCACAGCUUCCUCACAUGCAUACACUGCACCCUCACACACAGCUUCCUCACAUGCGCAUAGCACCCUCACGCAAACACAUCACCCAGUCACACACAGCACACACACUGCACCCAUCACACACACAGCACCCUUACCCACAUAGCACCCUCACGCAAACACAGCACCCAUCACUCACACACACACUGCACCCCUCUCUCACACACACUACACCCCUUACACACGCACACACACAGAGGACCCUCACACACACUGCGCAAUGUGCUUUCCAUUUUUGUCUCCUGGUAUCCCAACUAUGGAGACACCAGAGACAAAUUUCAAGCAAACACAGUGCAAGCAUGUUAUUAAAUUUGCUUGCGCUGUGCAGAACAAAUACAGGGUAUUUUUCUCAUGCCAGAGCUCUUCAGCAGAGCUCUGCGCAUGGACUACCCUGGAAGAGCAUUGAACCAACAUGCUCACUUUGUGAUGGGGCGUGCUUGUCAUUGUAGAUGACAAAACACACCCUAUCUGGCCACGCCCCCUUUUUAGUGGGGCACUGUACUUAAAAAAUGCCCGGGCCGAAUUUUCUUCCUAGUCCGGCCCUGCUUGAGUGUCCCUUAAGUGCAUGUCACUAUUGUUGGUGUCAGAGGUCAAGUCUUGGGAAAGAAGUGGGGGAACUCACCCAAGAUUUCCACCACGACAAGAUGGGUGGAAUGCCCUGCGUUUUUUUUGCCCCGUGCAAGGAAAUACAGUGAUAUGCUUGCACUGCAUUUUGGUGCCUUGUCUCUGGUGUCUCUAUAGGUGGGAUACCAAAGAACGUAAUAGGACAAGGCUGAUGUGUGUAGAAGAGGUUGUUUGAGGUGUAUUAUGUGUAGUUAGGGGAUGUUGUGUGUUGGUUUGCGAGUGUACAUGUAUUAUAGUUAUGCUCCACCGACAUUAAAGUUCGCUGGGCUGGUGACGGAGAUGUCUAAUCUCCCCACCGGGCUAUUAAUGAUGAGAGAGCCCUAUCUUGGCUGGUGCUGCCCUGUAGAGAUCCUUUGAUCUCCUCUGUUAGGCCCUUGCAGUCCUGUGGGAACAGUGUUCCUGCUGGGAAAAAGUACAAAAACACCAUUCCCACACACUCCUGCAGGACUCGAGCCCUGGUUGGCUGUUUACCAUCUGCAAAAUUUCCCCAGUAACAUCGCCAAGUUACUCCCUGCCAGGAAUUACUUAAAGCCAGUUGCUAAGCAGCCGUCAACAGCUCCAGCUAUUUUCUAUUGGAUCCCGUUAAUCGCUACUUGGCAAUUGUUUUCUGACUGGCUUCCAUCUCUGUUGCUGACGACUGCAGCUAAUCCUUAAAUGCUAACACCUUAGAUGUGAUCCCCUCUCUCCCGGGUGCAUUAAAAUGUGAAAAAAGUUAUGUUUUACUUACCUUUUUCCAGCACCAAGGUUCAGUGCUGCUCACCUCUUCAUCUCCCGCGACUUCACAGAGGAAACAUAACCUCCUACAACUAUGGCCAAUCCAGUGCUCCUCAUAGAGGAACAUUGGUGACCUAAUUCGGAUGUGUGGCACAUUCAAACGUACCCAUAGGAAAACAUUAAAUAAAUGCUCUCCUACAGGUUGUCUUCCGUGCCACUUUUACACAGCCAGUGCUGUGGAAGUACCUUUAGUGGCUUUCAUAGUGACAUCCACUAGAAGUGGACUUAAUCUUGCACUGUAACCAUUGUAGGGUUAAAAGGACAGGGACACUGCACCCAGACCACUUCAUUGAGUUACUGUCCCUUUAACUAUAUAGCAUUGCAUUAAAACCCCAAAAAUCAUAUCUAGCAGCAGGGAUGGACUGAGAACCCUCAGGGCCCCUGGUCAAAAUAAAUCAAGGGCCCCCUUACAGGCCCCACCCAUACUCCGCAGCAAGUGCCACCCUUGUCCCGCCUCCAUGCACCGCCUCCAGCCACACCCUACACAAUCUUUAGACACAAGGAACAAAAGUGCAAUAAUCCCUUCGAGGCCCCAGUAGAGACUACAAUUGAGGGCUAAUGGACCAUGGAGGGGGGUCUUUUUAGCAGAGGCUAUCUCAGUGUCCUUUAGAGAGUGUGUUAGAAAGAAUCCCCUCCAGGCCCCAUUAGAGACUACAAUGGAGUCUAAUAGCCUUGGAAGGGGGUCUUUUAACAGAGGCCAUCUCAACGUCCAUUAGAUAGCCCCUGCUGGAAAACAGUCGCCUCCGGGCCCCAGUAGAGACUACAAUUGAGGGCUAAUGGGCCAUGGAGGGGGGGGUCAUUCUAGCAGAGGCUAUCUCAGUGUCCUUUAGAGAGUGUGUUGGAAAAAAUCUGGCGGCCCACAUCGCCCUCAUAACCAAACCAGGGAAGGACCCGUCGGAAUUUGGUAACUACCGAUCAAUCUCCCUCAUAAAUAUUGAUUUAUAAUUUUAACCAAAUUUCUGGGCUUUGGUCCUAACUGGCUGAAGUGGAUAUUGUACAUAUACUCUAAACCAUUUGCCAUAUUAGAAUCAACGGCCAACUUUCAGACCCUGUACAAAUAGCGAAUGGCACGAGAUAGGGGUGCCCCCCAUCUCCACUCCUUUUCAUACUAAUCCUGGAGUCUUUUCUGCAGGGUAUCAGGGACCAGCCAAAUAUACAUGGACUUCAGACAGGUAACCAAAAAUAUAAAGUCUCUGCAUUCGUGGAUGACUUACUCAUCACAAUCUCAGCUCCAAAACAGUCCCUCCCACAAUUGAGCAAAGCGCUCUCUCUAUACAAUUGAUUAUCCAAUUUUAAGGCUAACUUCUCUAAAAGUGAAAUACUCCCCUUCAAGAGUUUCCAUGACUCUCCCUACCUACAGCUGGGGACUAUCCUCAAUGACAGUGGAGUCAAACCUCUCUCAGACUUGUUCCUGACUGCACAACCAUCUACCAUGGUUUAGGUUCAACCAAAUCACUCACUUCAUAUCCUCGAAACCGGACCUAGCACAGGACAAUAGACCGUGCAUGACAUUUAAAAGGACGUGCUCCACACACAACAUCAAGAAAAAACACUUAUCCAUGUUUUAUAAGCUCAUACAACAGAAUCAUGGUUCGACCCCUCCACCUUACACAAACAGUGGGAGGAAGAACUAAACCUCUCCAUAACUGAGAAGAAUUGGAAGCAAAUCUCCAAUCUCUUCAAAUCAUCUGUUAGUAAUAGCACCCACAAAAGAAACUACAAAAGACUCCCGAGGUGGCAUAACACGCCUACGUGACUACGCCGGUUCUUCCACGGAAUGUCUGACAUAUGCUGGAGAUGCCUCCACUCUAGAGGCACACCAGGCCAUAUUUGGUGGCUAUGCCCCACAAUACACGUGUUCUGGGAUAGAAUCGUAUUACUCAUCCACACGAUCAGAGGCAUACACAUCCCAAAAACACCCAGAAUCUAUACUAUUCCUCUUAUAUACCACUCCCACGACUAGGCCUCAACAUAUCUUGCUCAAUCACCUCCUCACCGCAGCUAAUUUACUUAUACCAUUUUGCUGGAAAAGACUCUCAGCCCCUUCUAUCAGGAAAUGGACUCAACAAGUAAAAUCCAUGAGACACAUGGAAGAAAUUACAUAUUCCCUAUCACAUACAUAUGGUUUUUACACCCUCAUCUGGGAACCUUGGUUACGAUUCAUGCAAUCUACAGUCUGAGAUGAUCCUUGUCACGUGCGUGGGCUAUAGGCCCAGCCGAGACAGUGGGGAGAGUGUGGAAGUGACAGGGUUAAUGACACCAGACCCCUGGUUACCUGUUGCUAGUCCCAGCAACCACUCAAUUAACCCCUGCAAUCCCUUCUACACUAACCCCCUUAGUACACAAUUUACUGCCACCACCAAGACUUUUAAACCCGGGCGUCUUAGGUUACCCCACACACAGGAGAAUUAUAGUAUCACAGUUCUACUUUUACUGAUAAAACAUAUAUAGUUAACCCUUUUUGGUAACGUGUUUACCUGAGCUUUUCUGUGGAGAGUGAAGCUCAUAGAGAACAGAGACACAGGCUGAUUAAGUAAACAUUUAAUCUGACAAAAAAGAUUCACAGUGCUGAGUACAAAAUACAGAAAUAAAUGACAUACAGAUAGCAAAUUGCAAAACAGUACAUAAAAUAAAAUAGGAGAAAACACAAGAAAUUCCUCACAUGUAGUUACCCCAUAUAGAAUUCUUGUGGGAGUCUCAGAUGGUAUAGAUCUCCUAGAAGUUGCUGACAAAAGAAAAAUGAAUAACUGAACUGGAUAGUCCGGCACCCUCAUUAUAUAUCAAACUUAGUUGUUUCUCAGUGGGCAGACCCCUGGGGGGGGAUCAGAGGGGGAUGGUCUGGCAGUUUAUUGCCCACUCUAUGCAAUUCCUUGUGUCCAGGUCUGGUGAUGGCUAUCUAGAUGUUUUAUGGUCUAAGCCUGGUGCCAGAUCAAAGACCACAAUAAACGUCAUCCCAAGGUUUACAAAAAAACAACUUUCAACAUAUCUCAACACACAUCAAACACCAACUCAUGCUUUUGGCAUGAAACUCCUAUUGCCACCCACACUGCAACACACCUACCCCGGGUUGUUAAAUGUUGAUACAAGUGUAUAAAUUGUUUAUUCCUGCUCUAUUUGUUUCUGUAACAUGUUACUGAUCAAAUGGACUUUUACCAUUGGCUUUUUCUGAUUAUAACAAAAAGAUAUUACUUCAAUAAAAUCUUUUUUUUAAAAAGGGAAAAUUUUAAUUCUGUUACCCAAAGUAAGAUUGCUUAUCAUAGUAAUUUAAUUACAUAAUCAUUUAAUUACUUUCCUCUGACACAUAUACACUCUUGUUUAGCUUGCAUUAUUUCUUAAAAUUGGUGUUUAAUAAUGUAAUUUGUUCAUUAUGUUAAUAACUUCUUUAUAUGUAGACAAUUCAGAGACUACUAGAGCCACCCUUCAUUUCCACCUGUCCACUGAAAAAUCGAAACAACGGGAGAUCAUUCAUGCUGAUGUAUGGCUUUAUCUUUACACGGUUCCUGGCAGAAAGGUAACCCUAAGUCUCACAACAUCUCUACUCAAGCAGCAGUCAUCAGAAGAUAUGGUUCAAAUUGAAGUUGUAAGGAACAGUUGGUACACCGUACCUUUGCCAUCUCUCACCAAAAGAGUUCUUAAUGAUGGAGAUGAGAACAUAUAUCUGGAAUUGAAGUGUUUAAAUUGCUACUAUUUGCCACUGAUGAAAAAUAUUACCGAUUCCCAGCACCCAUUCCUUGUUGUAAAGGCACACAACAUAAAGGAGGCAUCUCGUAAUCGUAGGCAUAUUACAGACUGCUUAAGUGAUAUGGAUAUGUGCUGUCUUAAGAACUUUUAUAUUGAUUUCAAAGAGAUUGGAUGGAGUGACUGGAUUAUCAGCCCAGAGGGUUAUAACAUGAACCUAUGUGAAGGUCGAUGUCCUAUACACUUGUCCAGAGUACCAGGAAUUGCUGCAUCUAGUCAUACUGCUAUAUUUAGCCUUAUCAAGGCUAACAAUGUGUAUUCUAGCCUUAGCUCCUGUUGUAUUCCCACCAAGCGGAGGCCAUUGUCAGUGCUUUACUUUGAUAAGAAUAAUGCCAUUGUAAAGACAGAUAUUCCUGAUAUGAUAGUGGAAAGCUGUGGUUGCACAUAGUGCACUCUUCCAUUUUAACUGAUUAAUGAAAUAUCUGACCAAGUGUUGGUUUUAUAAAUAAAGUGUGAACCUCCUAUACAGAGAAGCAUACAUUCUAGGUGGGACUGUCUGAGCAAUGCAAAUUCAAAUGCAAACUUGCUUAAAUAAGAAUAUAUAUAUAUAUAUAUAUAUCACAUCCAUCUGAUGCAGGCAAUGGAUAAGAUUUGCAAUAAUAAAGCACUAUUGUAUAUAUAUAUAAAUAUAUAUAUAUAUAUAUAUAUAUAUAUAUAUAUAUAUCUGCUUUUAAUAAAGCAGACUAGUUUGGUUUGUGUCCAAGGAAUUUUGUAUUACUUGCUAUAAUAGUCAUUGUCACUCAGAUUUAUUUUUUCUAUUAUGAGGAUUUAAAGAUUUAAUUUGAACAUAAGAUGAUGUUUAUGUAAGUACAUAUAUAGGUAAGUAUGGACACGUGAUACUAAAUUUUGGAGAUUGGAUUAGAGGUAGAGGUAGGGUUUUUUUAUGGUUACCUCCCUGGCCAUAUAGAAAGGAGAGACUCUGGCACUCAGAAAGAGGUACUGGCAAUACUCUGCUUCUUUAAUAUGUUUAUUCAGGGCCGCCAUCAGAAAUUUUGGGGCCCCUAACACAGCUCAAGGUCUGGGCCCCCCUUCAAGCCUGCCCACAGGGCCUGCCUCCAAAUCCCGCCCACAGGAAUACACACACACUAACAGAUACAAAUACUGAAACAGACAUACACACGUGCAUAGGGAAAUACUGACACACACACACACACACACACAUAUACAUGCAGACAUACAUACUGACAAACAUACAUAUACAUACACAUACUGCAUACUGAUAUAUACAGGCAUGCAUACAUACACACACACACACACACACACACUGGCAUACAUACAUAGACUGGCAUACACACAAAUAUACACUGGCAUGCACACAUACACUGGCAUACACACAUACACUGGCAUACAUAUAUACACUGGCAUACAUACAUAUUUACAGUCUCCAAAAUAACCUACCAGCCAAUGCUUUCUCUGAGUGAGGAGUGGAAAGAUACCUGAAGGAAUAUGAUCAGCAGGGUUAACUCCAGCAGUUAAACAAUGGACAUGGCAUUUUGGCACUUUGGUAUAUCAGCUGCUGGGUCCAGGAAUACAAAUAUAACAUAAUUUAAAAAAAUAAUGUCCAUCAGUUGCAGUCAGAUAAAUAGCGUUUUGGAAGAUUUAUAGCCAGCUUUGUUUUGUAUCCAUCUGUACAAAUGGUAAUACAUUUCUAUAUAAACACUGGAAUACACACAUACACUGGAAUACACACACUGGCAUACACACACUGGCAUACAUACACUGGCAUACAUACACUGGCAUACACACAUUGGCAUACAUACACACACUGGCAUAUGUGCACUGGCAUACAUACACACAUACACUGGCAUACAUACACACACUGGCAUACACACAUACACUGGCAUACAAACACAGAUACACUGACAUACAUACAUACACUGGCAUACAUGCACUGGCAUACAUACACACAUACACUGGCAUACACACACUGGAAUACAUGCACACAUACACUGGCAUACAUACACACACUGGCAUACACACAUACACUGGCAUACACACACUGGCAUACAUACACAGAUACACUGGCAUACAUACAUACACUGGCAUACAUACACACACUGGCAUACAUACAUGCACUGGCAUACACACACUGGCAUAUAUGCACAGAUACACUGGCAUACAUACAUACAUACACUGGCAUACACACAUACACUGGCAUCCACACACUGGCAUACAUGCACACAUACCCUGGCAUACAUACACACACUGGCAUUCAUACACACAUACACUGGCAUACAUACAUACACUGGCAUACACACACUGGCAUACAUGCACACAUACACUGGCAUACAUACAUACACUAGCAUACACACAUACAUUGGCAUACACAGAUACACUGGCAUACAUACACACACUGGCAUACAUACAUGCACUGGCAUACAUACACACACUGGCAUACAUACAUACACCUAAUUUUCAGCCACCCUCCUCUCUUCCUUACCAUUUCGUCGCAGGAGGGUGGCAGGGGAUGAUGUGGCCUUUCUCUCCUCCUGACCGGACUUUUUUUUUAAAGGGGCCCGGUCGCGCUAUUACAGCGCUGAUUGGGCCCCUGAUGAUAAUAGGGCCCAUUGGGUGACCCUAAAUGCUUGGGCCACCUGAUGGGCACCAUCAGCGUGUGGGCCCCAGUGCAGAUGAACCAGCGGCAGUCCCACUGAUACACGUGUGGCCCGGGCGGCUGGGCCCCCCAGGACCGCCGGGCCCGUGACAAUUGUCACGGUUGUCAUGCCCUGAUGGCGGCCCUGUGUCUAUUGUAUAUUCCUGAUAUGUAUUACCUAUCCAUCCCAUAGAAGACAUUGUGAGAAAGUAACUAGCAAUUUACUUUCUCCUUACUGAAAUAUUUACACUUCAUACAUGAAGGAAAUGGAGAAUAUUUCCCAAAAAUCAUCUUUUAACUGGGGAGUUCUGAGAUGGGGUGCCCCCCUGCUCCAUCAUUUUCUUUUUUUGAAGGAACUUAACAAGUCAAUUUGAAUUCCACUUUUUUUUAUGCCACUAAAUGUUGGACAUGUCUGCUAAUAUGUUGAUUCUUUAUGACCCACUAAGAUGUGUUGCUGCUUGUUCUAUUUUAUGUGUGUAAGGGCUUUUGAUGUCAGUGUCUAAAAUAACUAUUUUUGCAGCAGCUUUUGUCUAAAAACCUUUUUUUUAAUUAAGGAAAACCAAACGGUACAGAGACAGUCAUAAUAAGAGUAUGCAUAGGCAGUCGUCCUUUUCCCAUAUUUUCUUUUUUUCCAAUUCUUUAUUUUUGUAGUGCAGAAGACAAUAUACAGGCUUACAUAAACAUUUCUCUUGAGUAUACAUAGCUCAACUGAGAAGAGUUAGCGAUUUAUGAAAUGUCUAGGGAAUUGCACUUUUUGUAAUAAGAGGAAAUACAGGAGCAUAGUUCUAAUAAUGAUAGCAGAAAUAUGUUAAAACAUGUUAUAGAAAACUAUAGAACUGCAGAUAAGCAAAUAAGACAAUAACCACUUGAUGUUCAGAGUUCCUUGAUGUAUAGAGGCAAGUAGAGGACUAUAAUAAAGGAACAAAGCUUAGUCAUGAGAAAUAUUGUGCACUGCGAUAGUAACACUAAUCGAGUCAAGAAGGAGUUCUCAAGCUGUCAUUGACAACCAGUAACCACGUUGAGGCCCUUCUGCUGAGCCACGGACUCCAGAUAAUCUGAAAGUCUUAUUGUUUAUUGAGAGUAAUCCGGUCAGUGACCAGUGCACGCAUCUGCUGGCUCUCGGUCUUGUACCCCCGCUAUAGUAAGGAGGAGGCACCUGUGUCAGUCUGGUCACACUGGGGGGCGAAGAGGUGUGCGUCUCUGCUGUCUUGGUGAGUGAUGGGUAUUGGCAUUGGAUCGCCAAAAUCCAGCUGCUCCUUGCGGCACCUUAUUGCGGCGCUGUUAAUCUCCCAGUACACGAGGGGAAUGUCCAUACUUGCGGCUUUGGUCGACCGGACGGCACGCUGUAGUUCGUCCCCCAGAGGCUAAGGUGAGCCCCCUCUCACGGAGAUGCACCCAAAAGGCUUCACAAGAAGCGAUCAAAAGCCUGGAGCAGUGGUUCCACGUAUGUGGAAGUUGGCAGGGAGUUGCUCAUUGCGAUAAGUGUGGUGGCCCUCUUGAUCGCUAGGCCUUGGUUCGCAGGCAGGCUGGAGUACCUGGCUAGGUGACUACUCCAAAACCCCAGUGGAGAACGGGAUAACCCCCACCGGUCCAAAGGGGGGGGGAACAGGGCACACGGCUCUAAAGCUCCAAUUCAAGGCCGAGGAUCGGCCGCCUCCCCGUCCCAGAGUGCAGCUGUAGGCCGUAAGGAAGUACAGCAUAUGCCGUAUUCGUUGGUUGUAGACCAGGGAGUGACAAUGUAGUGACAGAGAGCUCCCAGGGGUGCGUGAUAAGCUUUUAGCCAAAAAGCAGGGUUUAAUGUCCAAUUUGAGGCUUAAUAACAGGAUUUCCCUGAGGAGCACCAUGCGACUGUUUCUCUUGGCUGUCAGGCCCCGCAACCCCCCCGCUCCUUUUCCAUAAUUCAAUAAAUUGAACUUGUUCUCAAAAUCCAUGGAAAUGUGUAGAUAGGAAUCUUGAACAGUAAAUAAAAUAGUGAAGAGAAUAAAAUGACAAGUAAAAAGAAGGACAGUAAAUAGAGUUACGAAAAGUGUGAAAAGAGGCCACAGUGGGGAAUCUGAGGAAAAAUAGAAAGGCCAAGGGGUAAUGAGAAACACAAGAGGGGACACACAGUUUUUGUAGUUAAUCAAGGACAAAAGGAAGGCUUGUGCACACCAAUCAACAGCUAGUCAAGUCACAAAACAGCAACUGGUUAAACUAAUUUAACAUACUCUCUUUUCUUUAAAUUUUACUUUAUUCAUGUUUUCUUUAUUUUUUACAUCCAUCUUCAUAACUGCAUUUUAUUAUUAUAGUCUUAAAUUAAUAAUUUAUGCAAUAGGUGAGAGGUAAAACCAAGCAGUUAGUUUUGAAACAGUGGACAUGUUUUAUUUAAUAGGGGACUGCCACUUCCCAGGAUUUUAAAUACUUAUCCCUAUAUUAAAAAACAAACAAGCAAAUAAACAAACAUGUAUUUGUGAGAUGUGAAAAAUACAAUUUAAUGUAAAAAUCUGCACUUCUUUAUCUUGCAAAUGGCUGGCUCGAUUGUUGCUCCUUGUCAAUCAUUGUUAUAAGUUCUGUACUUUGCAUCUAGCAGUCAGCAUUGUGAAAUGUCAUGAACUGACUUAUUGCAAGGGUAUGGCAAGGUUCUUAACACAGGGAAAUAUUUAAAGGCCACUCCAGGCCACUAAAGCUUGUUGAGGGUGCUUUACGUGUGAAGACUGUGUCCUCUUUUUUUUAGUUUCACAAAAAGUGCAGAUUUAUUGAGAAACUGGCACUUUUUUUUUAAAUUAACCUUGUUACAGCCCCCCUGGCUGUUAAUCAGACCUGUGUCUUCCUGUUUGCUUAGCUCAGUGGAGCUAACUUUAAGAGGCAGCAAUUGUUCAAAUCACCUGUAUUGCAAAAGCUUCUCACUAGGUGUCAUUGGGAAGUCUGUGAUUUGACGAGGACAGAAACUCUGGGCAGGGUUAUAAGGGGAAUGCUUGCAAAAACCUGUUUUCAGAUAUAUCCCUAUGAAAAAAAGAAAAAAUGUAAUCCAUGCAUAUUUUCAUUGAGGAAAUAUCUACUAAACAGUAUUUUUUUCUGACAGUGGAGUGUCCCUUUAAAGACACUGAAUUCUACAGUACUACCCCGAUUGUAUUGCCAAUGUUUGUCUAUGGAGAUUUAAUGUGCUGGAUUUUAUGCACCUAGUUAGUAGGAGUGUCCAAAUACUUUUUUUCACAUAUGGACACAAAGUUGAAAAAACGUAAUAGACUUAAAAAAAAAAAAAAAAAUCAUGACAUAGAAGCAAUCUCAAUGAGGGCAGACUUUAAUCUGUAUUUACGAAAGGUAUACAAAAAUAGAAAAAUUCAUUACAGAGGAGACACACAAAAUGAGAGAAAAAUCUCUUAACGGGCACAGGAAUACCGAACAUCUACAAGUGUAUUGUAAACAUGAAUUUAAAGUUAAUAGUAACGUAUAUACAUUUAGAGUCAAUGACAAAUCUACUCCACAAUAUAUAAAUCAAGCAAAAAGAAAAAUAUACAGUAAAUGUUUCCACUUGUCAAUACCUCACAAGAAUACAUUUAUUGCACUAAAGCACUAAAAGAAAAAUAGUGACAUGAAAACAGCACAAAGUGCUACAAAAUGUUUAUGCAACUAGUAGAUUCUUUCACCACACUAAUAUUGUAACUAAACAUUCUACCACGCAGUGUGGGACAUGCUCUUGCUCAGUGGCCUUUUUCGUCAGGAAAAUGCGCCAUGCCACACUGCAAAAAUUGUUCAGGAAUGUUUAGAGUAACAUGGUAAAGAAUUCAUGGUGUUGCCUCAGCCUCCAAAUUCCCCAGACGUCAAUAUGAUUGAUCAUCUGCGGAAUGUGGUGGAACAAGAAAUCCAAACCAUGAAGGCCACACCUUGCAGGACUGGUGGCAGUGGCCUUUUUCAGCAGGAAAAUGCACCCUGCCACAAUGCAAAACUAAGGCUGGUUUUAGGAACAUGAUAUAGAGUUCAAGGUGUUGCCUUAGUCUCCGAAUUCCCCAGAUCUAAAUCCAACUGAGCAUCUGUAAGAUGUGCAACUUGCAGGACUUAAAGGAUCAGCUGCUAAUGUCUUUGUGCCAGAGACCACAGGACAUGUUAAGACAUCUUGUGGAGUCCAUCAGAGCUUUUUUGGCAGCACAAUUGGGAACUACACGAUAUUAGGUAGAUUGUUUUAAUGUUGUGGAUGAUAAGUGUGCAUAUGCAUUAUACCGUGAGGGAAAAAAGUAUUUGAUCCACUGCAGAUUUUGAACAUUUGCCCACUGACAAAGAAAUGAUCAGUCUAUAAUUUUAAUGAUAGGUGUAUUUUAACAGAGAGAGAGACAGAAUAACAAAAAAAAAGUCCAGAAAAAUGUCAAAAAAGUUAUAAAUUGAUUUGCAUGCCAAUGAGUGAAAUAUGUAUUUGACCCCUUCAACUUAGUACUUGGUGGAAAUCACAUAAGUCCGACAUUUUUUGUAGUUGGCCACCAGAUUUACACACAUCCCAGGAGGAAUUUGUCCCACUCCUCUUUGCAGAUCCUCUCCAAAUCAUUAAGGUUUUUGAGGCUUUCGAGGCAACUUAAACCUUCAGCUUCCUCCACAGAUUUUCUAUGGGAUUAAGGUCUGGGCCACUCCAGGGGCUUAAUGUGUGUCUUCUAAGCCAUUCCUUUGUUGCCUUGGCUGUGUGUUUUGGGUCAUUGUCAUGCUGGAAUACCCAUCCACAACCCAUUAUCAAUCGCCCAAGAUUUGACGGUACAUGACACCGUCCCUUUGAUGCAGUGCAUUAGUCCUGUCCCCUUAGCAGAAAAACACAGGCAAAGCAUAAUGUUUCCACCUCCAUGUUUGACGGUGGGGAUGGUGUUCUUGGGUUCAUAGGCAGCAUUCUGCCUCCUCCAAACACGGUGAGUUGAGUUGAUGCCAAAGAGCUCAAUUUUGGUCUCAUCUGACCACAACACUUUCACCCAGUUCUCCUCUGAAUUAUUCAGAUGUUUAUUGGCAAUCUUCAGACUGACCUGUAAAUGUGCUUUCUUGAACUAGGCGACCUUGUGGGUGCUGCAGGAUUUCAGUCCUUCAUGGCAAUUGUUUUCUUGGUGACUAUGGUCCCAGCUGCCUUGUACUCAUUAGCAAGAUCCUCCCAUGUAGUUCUGGGCUGAUUCCUCAGCGUUCUCAUGAUCAAUAAAACUCCACAAGAUGAAAUUUUGCAUGGAGCAGCAGACCAAGGGAAAUGGACAGUUAUUUUUUGUUUCUUCCAUUUGCGAAUAAUCGCACCAACUGUUGUCACCUUCUCAUCAUGCUGCUGGCGAUGGUCUUGUAGCCCAUUCCAGCCUUGUUUAGGUCUACAAUCUUAACCCUACCAUCCAUGGACAGCUCUUUGGUCUUGGCCAUGGUGGAGAGUUUGGAAUCUAAUUGAUUGCUUCUGUGGACAGGUGUCUUUUAUACAGGUAACAAGCUGAGAUUAGGAGCACUCCCUUCAAGAGAGUCCUCCUAAUCUCUGCUAGUUACCUGUAUAAAAGACACCUGGGAGACAGAAUUCUGGAUUUUUUUUUCUUAUUCUGUCUCUCACUGUUAAAAUACAUCUACCAUUAAAAUUAUAGACUAAAAGAUAAUUUCUUUGUCAGUGGGAAAAUGUUUCAAAUCAGAGGGUAUUAAAAAAUAUGUAAAUUUAUUAGCAAUAAUAAAGUAAAAUAAAUCUGAUCAAAUGAUCAAUAUACUUAAAAACAAGUGUUUAUUCAGUCAAAACAUGUUUUGCCUUCAGCAGGCUUCCUCACUUGGUAAAUAGUAUAUGGCUGGUACUUCCAUCUUUUAUAUCAUCUUAAUUGUAAAAUCGCAGGCUUCUGUGUUCCCGGAAGCUUGUUCUGUGGAACGCACGUUCCGUCUAUUGGAACGCACAUUUAGUCCAUCCUCUGAUGGUAAAGUCCGGUGGAACGCAAACUGCGUUUCAAUAGGUGAUGUCACUUCCUCUUUUUUUAUGGAACGUACGUCUGUGUUCCACUGACGUCCUUUUGAAAGGAAGUGUCCCUUGGAAGAUUUUUAUAUUGUUUGUGGAACACAUAUGCGUUCCAUUUAGUCCAAAGCAUGAAAUACAGUGUGCAUAUUCAUGAAUAAAAUGUGGGAAGAGAAAAAGAUAUAUAAUUAUUUUUAUUACAAGUAAAUGAGAAACCUAAUUUAAAAAAUUAGCAUUGAGUACACAGACAAAUAUAAAGCAUGUAUUAACACUUAGAAAGAAUGAAGACUUAAUUUGUCAUAUGAAGUGAAAUAAUAAAUUGGAAAUAUAAGGAAAUGCCUAACUAAUAUAUAAAACUGUAUAACACACAAUAGAAACUGGAGGGGGAUAUGAUUUAUAAUCUGGUAAAAUAUGUAAUAAAAAAAAUAUAUAUAUAUGUAUAUCUAAAAAAUCCAUUAAAAAAAAAUCCAUAAAAUAAUAUAUUUGAAAAAAUAUAUAUAGAAAAUAUUUAAAACAGGAGGGAAAAAAUAAGUAAUACAAACUCCACUGUUAUUAAAUAAUUAAGUUUAAAAAUGGCAUAAUUCAAAAUCUGCAUUCAAGCCUUGGGGGGUUAACGUAUUAAAAUUAGAGAUGAAUUAACUUGCUUUUCUAAAAGUAUUAUUUAUAUGUUAAAAUGCCCCUGUGACAUGCUUUAUAUUGGGAGAACCAUUAGAUGUUUGCACAUUAGAGUAUCGGAAUAUGUUAGGAACAUCAAAAAAAGUGUUGAAACACAUUUCAAAACACACCAUCAAAAAAAUCUACAAGAUCUCACCUUUUGUGCACUAAAGUUGGUAAAAAAAGAAUUUGGAGGGAGGAGAUUUUAACAAGAAAAUUGGCCCUGAAGAAAUGAAAUUCAUCUUUAAUUUUAAUACGUUAGCCCCCCCGCAGCUUGAAUGCAGAUUUUGAAUUAUGAAAUUUUUUUACAUUAUAUAUAACGCAUUCCAGCAAGCUAAAGUAUUUUAGGUGUCUGGAUGUAUUCCUUUUAAGUGUAACUAAUCUACUUCUUUCCACCAACUAUAUAUUGCUACUGGUUAAACACUUCCUUAUAAAAGACAAGAAAUAAAAAAGAAACUAUAUGAAGAUAAAAAUGAAACAAACUGUACAAUGCGACAUACCUCCUUACCUGGCCAUGUGGAUUAUACUUUAGGGUUAGAACAGGGCCCCUAUGUACACAAAUUAAAAACACACAGAUGGUUUAUUCUUUUCAAACAAUUAGAUGGUUUAUACUUGAUCACUAUUUGAAACAUAAUAAAAACAAUAAACUACUCAAAUACGAAAACAACUUAAAUAUUUUUCCCUCGGUACAUUGUGCAGCUCAGGCAGACCCCUCCCUCACCAGGAAGAAACUCUUAUCCUGUAAACUUUAUUGGAUACAUUUAUGGUAUAAGUCUAUAGACUGUAAGCUCGUUCGAGCAGGGUCCUCUUCAACCUAUCGUUCCUAUAAGUUUUCUUGUAAUUCGCCUAUUUAUAGUUACAUCCCCCCUCUCAUAAUGUUGUAAAGCGCUACGGAAUCUGUUGGCGCUAUAUAAAUGGCGAUAAUAAUAAUAAGUAGUUUAUCCUCAAAAGCAGUUCCAUUCAUCCCGUGAGAUUACUGAAACUGUUAGCCAAACUUCACCUGUUAUCAGUUUACCUAUAGCCCAAUUUACUGUUUAAUGAUGUGUCAAGCUCAUGGCAGAGAUGUGGUCUAUUCGUGUGUGAUGUGUGUCUUGAUUUUUGUUUCCUGGAGGAGAGCGCUCAGCCCAAUUUGUGCACCAAAAUUAGCGCAGGCAUCCCAGAACACUAAUUAUAGGACACCUGAUUGACAACUCUGAGGUUAAGGCUUAAAACUGGACUGAUUUCAACAAAGUUGAGCGCUACUGUGGAGUGCUCUGUGUACCAUUAUGUCUGCAAUAAUUUAAGUUGUGAUGGUGCUUAGAGUGACCCUUUAAUUAUCCAAACAUUUGAGCAUUUUUAGACAUUAAAAAGAACAGAACUGUAUUCACAAAUGUUGCAACACAGAGAUGAAGCGGAUUUUCAAACAUCCAGAAUUGUACAUAAAUAUGGUAUGAUUAAUGAUGAUUUGUGCUUUGCAAUAUUAUACUACAUAGUAUAACAAAUUAUAUAUUUCUUUCAUGUAAUCUUUUCUUUCUCGGAUGUUUUGCCACUGAUAACUCACUCUCGGUUUUAGAUUAUUAAUUGCAUAGGAUAAAAUGGAGUUCUUUCUUUUUUUUAAAUAAAAAUAUACUUUUACA